GGAGGUCCGACACUAUUCGUUGCUCUGAUUCUGUGUUCUUCUCCGGACACAGAUUCAGUUACCUAAGUGAGAAUUUCUGUCCUUUUCUUUUUUUCUUCUUCCCGGAAAACUACGAAUUCUGUUUGGUUGGCGAGAAAAAAAGAUCAGUCUUUUAAAUAUUCAUUUGUAGUAAUCGAUUAAAGCGUCCUCUCCGGCGAACUCCCAACACCACUCGAGCAAAUUCAUGAGCACGAGAUCAAGAUACUCGAUAAAGUGAGUAUAAUAGUAACAAAGUGGGGAUGGAUUCUACUCUAAAAUGCGUACUGUUGUUAUUCUCUGUUUAUAUAGCAGUGAAUGCUGCUUCAGUCAAAGCUGAUUUUGGGCAUUGUGAAAUUGCUGUUAAAAAGUGGGCAGCCUCUUCACUUGAUCAUCAAGUCAAACAAGAUAAACACACGCUUAAAGAUUUGUUGUUUUUCCUCCAUGUCCCACGAACAGGAGGGCGUGCAUACUUUCACUGUUUCUUGAGGAAGUUGUAUUCUAAAUCCCAAGAAUGUCCCCAUUCAUAUGAUAAGCUACAAUUUGAUCCAAGCAAGACAAGGUGUGGAUUGCUGGCUACGCAUGAUGACUAUAGCUUGAUGUCUAAACUUCCCAUGGAAAAGACAUCAGUUGUUACAGUACUUAGGAAUCCAAUUGAUCGUGUUUUUAGUACUUACGAGUUUUCAGUGGAGGUGGCAGCCAGGUUUUUAGUGCAACCAAACUUGACUUCUGUCCAACAAAUGACUGGACAUAGGCAUACUACUAGGACUAAUGUAGUGGAUGAAGGGUUUUCUACACUACCAAACUUGACUUCUGUCAAACAAGUGACUGGACGUAUGCGUACUACUAGGACUAAUCGAGUAAGUACAUUGAAUAUUUGGCCAUGGAAGUAUUUGGUUCCAUGGAUGAGAGAAGACCUUUUUGUUCGGAGAGAUGUUAGAAAACUUAGGGGGAUUGAUGAUAUCAAGAGUAGUGAUCCAUACAACAUGGAGGAUGUUCUAAUGCCAUUGGAGAAAUUCAUUAAUGACCCUAUAGCCCAUGAUAUUGUCCACAAUGGAGCUACGUUUCAGAUUGCAGGAUUGACAAACAACUCAUAUCUAGAAAACUCACAUAAAGUGCGACAUUGUGUACAGAAGUACAAAGUUCUUGGUAAAUAUGUGCUUCAAGUUGCAAAGAAGAGGUUGGACAAUAUGUUAUAUGUUGGACUUACAGAGGACCACCGCAACUCUGCAAUAAUGUUUGCUAAUGUGGUUGGUGCACAGGUUAUUUCCCAGCAGAUGGCAUCAAAUGCUACAGGGGAGGGUGCAGCUAACAUGAAAUCAGAGCAGAGCUCUUUCUUUCCAGAUACAGAGCUGGAUAAUAAUGAUCAACAGAAUAGCACCUCAGACAAAAAGGUGGCUGAGACUGCAUCAACAAAGAAUACUGCCAAAAAUGGAGAAAAUAUGACUGUGGGAAAACUAAUGGAAGCAUAUGAAGUCUGUAUUUCCAACUUGCGGGUUGAACAAGCACGUAGGCGCAUUGUUUCUUUAGAGGAAAUCUUGCCAGCAAACUUUACAAAGGAGGCACGCCUUCAAGUUCCCGAGGCAGUUCUUCAGCAGAUAAGAUCACUUAACAGCCUUGAUUUGGACCUCUAUGAAUAUGCCCAGGACAUCUUUGCAAAGCAACACAGGGAAUAUACAGACAAGUUGUUGGCAGUGGGGGCAUUGGAGAACAUGUUUGGCAAUAACCUCUGGAAACUCACCAUGUGGACCGUGCUGCUUGUCUUGCUCUUUCUCUUCCUCCUAUUUGAAAAUGCCAGAAGAGAAAAAACAUCAAAAGUGAAGAUAUGAAUGUUACUCAUAUACAUGACUAAUUUAUGAAUCACACCCUGAUCAAGUUGGAUAAAAGAAAAAGUAGGGAUCGGCAUAUUUUCCUUGUUGGCUGAAUGCCCAUGAUCCCAUGUGAUGGAGAUGACCAAGUGAAUGAAUUAGAUUAAAGCUUUUAGAUCUGUCUUUGCCAUUCGGCCACCAUAGUUCAGUUUAAUUUUUGUAUUCUUCCACUUCUUGGUAUGUUUUGGUCAUGCAAGCAGGUGGGAUAGUGUUAAAUUUUGCU